AUGUCCUUUAACGAUCUUGAACAAGGUUUAGGUGCUUCCAAUUCUUUUAGAAAUACCCGAGAUUCACAAAAUGGAAUCGAUAGUGACUACAAAAGCUUGACGCAAAGAGUAUCACAGCAAGUAUUUCAUAUCAGUGGAAACAUUACGAGUAUUGAACGGCUUGUUGGGUUUCUGGGGACACCAAAAGAUUCAUCCGACAUUCGGAACAAACUGCAUGAUGUCACUGAGAGUACGAGAGAGUUAAUAAAGGAUACAACGUCAGAUAUCAAAUUAUUCUCUCAGUAUUAUACUACAGAUUCCAAAAAGAAUAGACAAAGAAAACUCGAACAGCAAAAAUUAUCAAAAGAUUUCCAAAAGGUUUUGGCAGAUUUCCAGAGAGUUCAAAGAGAAUCUGUGUCGAAACAAAGAGAAUACGUUGAUAAAAAGAAGGCCACAACCGCAGCGCUUCAAUCGCAAAUAGAUGAUGAAGAGGGUAGCGACGGCAUUAUGAGUCAAGAGCAACAGCAGUUAUUACAACAGAAUGAUGCACAAAGAAGAAUUCAAAUUGAAGCCUUAGACAAUGAAAUUGAAUAUAACGAAACGUUGAUUUCUGAACGAGAAGGUGAAAUACAAAAUAUUGAACAAGGUAUUACAGAAUUGAACGAGAUAUUUCGUGACCUUGGUAUGCUUGUGAAUGAACAAGAAAGCGGUAUACAGAGUAUUUAUGGAAACGUCCUGAAUAUUGCACAAAACACAAAGCAAGCAUCUGAAGAAUUGACAGUGGCAAAUCGACAUCAAAAAAAAGCAAGGAAGAAUAUGUGUUGUUUUAUGUUGAUCAUCACCAUCGUUGCUUGUGUCCUAGCUUUAAUCAUUGUUGUAGCAAAAUAA